CACACUAGUUACAGGGAAAACGAAAUGUAUAUGCCGGGAAAACGAAACUCAUUACGUAUGGCGCCGCACAUUGCUUCAGCUCUCAUAGUCACAAGAGGCACCAAUUCACAAAUCAUUUAACUGCAGUAAAACUGUUGAGAUGGCACAAGGAAGAGAAAGGACUCUGAUGAAUCUAUUGCUGAUAACACUGUGUCUGCAAAUCUUCACUGGUCAAUAUCAAGAUUCAGGGCAGCCCUCUGAUCUGAGGAUUGUACUGGUGGGUAAGACUGGAGUGGGGAAGAGUGCAACAGGAAACACUAUGCUGGGGAGAGAGGUGUUUAAAGUGGAGGCCAAAGCUGAUUCUGUCAUUACAAAGUGUGAGAAAGGGAGUGAAGAGGUGGAUGGGUGGAAGAUCGAUGUGAUUGACACGCCAGCACUCUUUGACCCAACAAUGAGUGCAGAUCAAAUGAAAAGGGAGCUAGAAAGAUGCAUCUACAUGUCAGUUCCAGGACCCCAUGUGUUCCUGCUGGUGAUCAGGCUGGGGAGGUUCACAGAGGAGGAAAGGAACACUGUGAAGUGGAUCCAGGAGAACUUUGGGGAAGAUGCCUCAAUGUACACCAUGGUGCUGUUCACUGGUGAAGAUCAGAUAGGGAAAAAAUCAGUUUCUGAGUUUCUGAAAGAGAGCAAGGAGCUGCGGAAACUUGUUACAAGCUGUGGGAACAGAUAUCACUCAAUCAUCAAUGUCAAGAGAAAGAACUACACUCAGGUCAGAGAGCUGCUGAGGAAGAUAGAGCAGAUAGUGGAGGAUAAUGGAGGAAUGUACUAUAACAAUGAGGAUUAUGAGACGGCACAGGAAAAGAUCAGAGAAGAGAUGUGGAAAUACUGUCCAUGGGCAGCACUUGGUGGGGCAGCUGUAAUGUUAGCCAGGGCAUUUUAUUCUUCACCAAUAUUGAUGGCAGCAGGUCUAGUUGGAGGCCUCAGCCAGGGUUACGAAUGUACUAAGGAGAUGAUUGGCCUUUAAAACACCAGGGGUAUGUUCAGUUAGUUCAACGUUUAUUAUGUUUUCGACUGUAUACUGUUCUUUAUGAUAUGUUUGCUCCAGUUUGAACUGGGUCUAAUUGGAAUUUAAUGGGGAUAUAUAGUAUAUUUACAGUAUCUAUUUAGUAGUAAAGUAGUGGCCCUUUCCUGCAGUCAAAUGACCAAAUCGCCCUCUAGUGGCCUCACAGGUGGAAUGUUGUUAAUAUUCUUCAUAAUUAAUAAACACAAAAAAACAUAAAAUCAGAAAAUCCAGUGUUUCUAUGUGAAACGGUUUUGUUGUAUUUCAGUUUUCUGUGAUGUAUUUACAGUGUAAUAUUGGGAUACAAACUCAAAAUUGAAUAUAUUUCAACUCUAUAUCUUACAUGGUACAUGUGUCUUCUUUUUUUAAAGACCAUAGCCAUGUGCGUGGGGUGUAUACUUUUGAUGCAAAGUGGAUUUUUUUUCGAGCAAAAAACACUGUGUGACCCUGAUUUAGCCCACUGCAGUAAAAUGUAAAAAUGGGGGUGUAUCACAGGAGGUUGGUGGCACCUUAAUUGGGGAGGACAGGCUCACGUUAAUGUCUGGAGAGGAAUUGGUGGAAGGAUAUCAAAUACAUCAAACAAAUGGUUUCUAUGUGUUUUGAUGCCAUUCCAUUGGCUCCGUUCCAGCCAUUAUUAUGAGCCAUCCUCCUCCACUGGGGUGUAUGUCUUUUUAUCACAGGCAGUUCUGCUACUUUACAAUUGAAAAUGGAACAGCAGAGUCAAAGGAAUGAAACCCAUAUACAGUUGAAGUCGGAAGUUUACAUACACCUUAGCCAAAUACAUUUAAACUCAGUUUUUCACAAUUCCUGAAGUUUUAUCCUAGUAAAGGAUUAUGUCAUUUAGGAUCACCACUUUAUUUUAAGAAUGUGAAAUGUCAGAAUAAUAAUAGAGAGAAUGAUUCAUUUCAACUUUUAUUUCUUUCAUCGCAUUCCCAAUGGGUCAG